GGCAUUGCAGACGGAUAAACAACGCGUUCGCGAAAUCGCGUUUGAUUAUUUUCAUAACGUAUCUACUCAAUGUAAAACUUGACAAACAAACUUAGAAAAGUCUUAGCCAUUUAUUCCUUGGUUGUGCCCUGUAAAGUGAAAAGAUAAUGCCUGGCGUCACAAGUAAAUUACCAGAUGGCUGGGAGCGUUCAGAAACGGCUAACGGCAUUCCAUACUAUGUAAAUCACGAAACUGAGAAAACCCAGUGGGAUCAUCCAGAAAUGGUUAGUCUACUGGAGGAGACAGUGUACAUGGUUGAUCUGCGUGUAGUCAAGAUGUCGUUCAGUGAUGAAGGAAUUAACAAUGGAUAUGCAGAAGGAAACUUGUCUGUAGCAGAACUAUCCAAAAUCAUCAAUGCUGUUUUUGUCAAUCAGAACAGGGAUAAGAAUGGAUUUAUUGACGUGUCUCUGGCAAGUGAACUGACCCUUAACUGGAUGCUCAAUGUCUAUGAUCCGGAGAGAAAGGGAUAUGUGCCACUUCUUUCUUUGAAAGUCUGUCUUUCCAUUAUGUGCUCUGAAAAGAUUCAAGAAAAAUACAGAUAUUUGUUUUCACAACUUUGUAAUAACCAGGGAUUUUUGGAUAGAAAGAGACUUAAUUUGUUCCUUCAAGAGAUGCUGCGGAUUCCCAAGUACAUUUUUGAGGGCGCAUUCUUCAGUGGGUCAAGUGUGGAGCCAGCUGUGAGAAACUGCUUUGAAAGGGUGUCCAUUCCUGAUAGAGCAUCAGCAGAAGAGUUCAUCGAAUGGAUGAUCGCAGAACCACAAACAAUUGUUUGGCUACCUACACUUCACAGACUAGCUGUCUCAGAGACUGUGAAACACGAGUCAAAAUGCAAUGUAUGUAAGAUGUACCCCAUAGUCGGCUUCAGAUACCGCUGCUUAAAAUGUUUCAACUUCGACAUGUGUCAGGGAUGCUUCUGGUCUGGUCGAGUGAGUAAACAGCACAAAAUCGGUCACCCCACACAGGAGUACUGUCUAGUGUCGACACAAAAGGAGGACAUGAAAGACUUCGCCAAAGUAAUGCGAAAUAAAGUGAGUAAAAAGAAGAAAAGGCAAGAAGACCCAUCCAAAGGAAGGUUUAUUCCAAUCGAAAUGAAAGAGGUUGCCCCUUCUGAUGGCGAAGACGAGGAUUCUGUGGAUUUUGGCGCCCCGGAGAAAGUUUCACCAGGUUUAAACGUCAAGAACAGAGACCAUGCGGCUAGGUUAGUUUGUAAAGGAAGGCGUGAUAUUAAUAAAAAUAGAAAUAUUGAAAUAAUAAUUGAUAAUGAAGAAUCAAACAGGGCUGAUGAACACGGUCUAAUACAACAUUACACAAAGAGCUUGACUAGUGAGCCAGAGUCGAUGUCUGCCAGUCCUACUCAAAACGCAAGGUACGGAGACAUUCAAAGCAAGGGAGACUUGGAGCAUCUGAUCAAAAGUUUGGAAAACGAUAACAGGGCCCUACAAGGCGAAAUCAAUGGUAUAUAUCAACUUCAACGCCAGCAUCAAAGGGAACAUAUUAUUGUCCCUACUGAGGGCCCUUCCAGAGAGGCCCAUUUACAACGCAAGAGGGAACGUUUGGAGGCACGUGAAGAAGUUCUCGAAGAGCAUAACUAUCAGUUGCAAGUUCAGCUCCAUCGUUUAAGGAUCCUUCUUCAACAGAAUGAAGCUAUGCAGCUCUCUUCGCCAAUAACGCCAGCAGCUCAGCCUUCUUCCAAGCCUCACACAACCGUGUCACCCUCAAUGGCGAUCGUUGCUCCUCCCCCUACAGUUUCCGAACCGAAUAAUACCAUGAUGUCAACGCGAGUUAAUUUUUCUGGUGGCUUUUACCAAUCUCCUUCCGAGCCAGGCAUGUUACCAGCUCAGUCCCUAAACCAACAUUCCGUCGUUCCUCAGGCAACAUUUCUUACGCCAAGUCCAUCGCUGCAGCUAAAUUCUCCUCGGUAUUCCUUGUCGCCUAGACAUUUUUAUCAAAAACCCCAGUUCGAGGAUUUCCAGAGCAGCUUGGCACGUAAUUCUUUUCUUCUUAAAACGGCUGCAGAGUUGGGCGUGGUAGAUCGACUCGACACUUCUCACGAAGGGAUUGAGCUCAGUAAUAUUGUCGAUAGAAUAACAUCUACUUUCCCUUUGGAUGCUUACUCAGACUUGCCAGUUGAUAUACACAAUGAUAUUUUUCUCGCUGCAAGUAUGAUUGGCGAAGCAAUGCAGUCUAUGGUCACUGAAAUGUCGCGGAACGCAGAAUCUGAGAAAGCGGGACUGGAACCUAGCAGAAUAUUAACCAGAAGCAAUGACGGGACCGGCUGCUGUGGGAAGGAAAAUUUCCCUGACGAAGGAUGUCAUGGAGGAGACUCCUCUGGAAGAUUUCCAACUCGUAGUGAUCUAGGGUCGGAUUGAGGAUACCUCUUCGAAGAGACCUGGACUGGAAUUUCAGAGCGGAGAAUGCUGGAUAGAUGGAAGCUAUACAUAAACGCUUUACUGAAUGGCCAGUAUGAGACGAUCGUUCCGGUGAAAAUCAAUGUCUAUUGUCCAAGUUGUAGUUUCAGUUACUGCUGGCUGCCCCCUGCCAAGAGUUAUUUAUCAUGAAGAAUUCAAAGAUAGCACAUAAAACUCCAUCUUUCGUCAGACUCAAAUAAACUGCCAAACAUCUUUUCUUGCGGAGGGAUGUGUAAUUCAGAGGGGGAAAAAAAAAGGAAACGACCUUUAACGUAGCGUUUCACUAGACCACGGAAGCCUCUUUCCAUUGGUAUUAAAUAAUUCCCUGAAUAUCGAACGACUGUGGAAUAAACUGAGAUUGAAUUUUAAGCGCUUUCGUGCACCGUAAAAAAAAGAUAGUCAUGAAUAAAAAGAUAUUUAUAAAAAUAGCAA